CUCUCUGAGCCGAGGUAAGAACUUGUCGAGUCACUGAUCUGUGACUCUGCUCAAUACUGGAAUCAUCAGCAGGUUUUUCUGAGCGACAGAGCAACAGAGAGCAGGAGGAUACUGAAACAGAAACAUAAAGAAGAAAAGUGUUACAGAAAACUACAGCCUCCAUCUUUGAUCUGGUCCUGGAAAAAACAAGAAGAUGGGUAAUUCCAACAGCCAGGAGGAACGGGCGAGGAGUGAAAAGCAAGAGCUGGAUCGUAUGGUGAGGAAGCUGAGCCAGGGUCCAGAUCUGAGAGUCAACAAGACCAUCAGGAUGUUCACCAGUCUGAAUUCUUCAUACAACCUGACACAACACUACGAGAGGAGCAAAAUGGGAGCGGGAGGCCACGCUGCAGGCUGGAUGAAGAGCCUGGCGGAGAAGCUGGGUGCCUUGACUCCAGCUCCUGAACUGGCGGGCCUUGGAGCGCUGGCCAUCGCCAUCAUCAUCGACAACAACUCCUCCAGUCCACCUGUGGUGAGCACGAAGGAGGCUCUGAGGUGUGUGUUUGCUGAGGAGAAGGCCUCCGAGGUCUGGGAUCUCAUCGACGAGUGUCUGAAGAGAUGCGUGAUGCACAUUAAGAACAAAGACAAGCUGGUGGGCGAAAUUGAACGGAUCGAGGUCCAGCUGAGCGCCGCCAUCACCAGGCUGAAGAACAUGGGGCACAUGACGUCUGAGGCUCUGAAGGCCUGGGUGAACGGGGCAGCCUUCCACAUCCAGAUGCUGAUUCACCUGGUGAGACUGGGAGGGCUUCAAAGCUGUGAUCCUGUGGAGAGACUCAUCUCUGCUUACCUGAACGACCUGGACCUGCUGUUUGAGAAGCACAGGGAGGUGAUAAGAGGGAAGUGUGGUUGUGAAUUGGCGCUGACUACAUUUUGGGGGGAAGAUGUCUAUCAGACAGCUUUUGUCGAUGAAGAAUCUAAGUGGCAUUGCAUUCCUUUGGAAUUGUCACUCCGAUGGAGCAGAUAUUUUGAGGUUUAUUAUGACCACAGGGUAAACACCGACACUCCCUCAAUGAUCUGAGCUGCUAGUCUGGACUGCUAGCUGCACAGAAAACUGAGCUAUCUAGAAUCCAGUUCAGUAAUCCCACAGAGGAACCGGAGAGAUGUUAACUUCAGUUACCUACAGAAACUCCUGGAGAGCUGCAAGCUGCAAGCUGCAUUUCCAGAAGGUCCUCACUGCAGCGACACAAGGUCCUGCCAGUACUCCAGAUCAGUUAACACCAGCAGCUGUGAUGCAAAGCUCGCCAGCUAAAUUCACAAUCUGAGGAACAUCAAGCAGGUUAACACCGAGCUGCUAUCCUGCAAGGGAAAGGAGCGACCAGUUUCCUCCUCUGCCGACUUUCAUCAAACCUUGCACAGCGCGAACAGCAUUCAACACUGGAAUCCCAACCUUCUCCUGCAACCACCAGCACCUUUUCUUCAAAGACUGGUAAUGUUGAACUGGGCUUAGAUUGCAUAGCAUAGCGGCACAGGACUUUAAACUCUGGUUGAUGUGUUCAGUGUAUGUGUGUGUUCACUGCUUGUGUGUUAUUGUGAUCUCAGGUCAGAUUAUUGGUAGUUUGCUUUCCUAGUCGAAUGCUACUUCACACAGACUCAGGUUCUCUGCAUGCAACUAACCAUCUCCUCUAACACACACACACACACAGACACACACACACACACACACACACACACACACACACACACACACACACACACACACACACACACACACACACAGCUGUAUAUAGUACAUGUUAGUUGGAUUGUGUGCUUUCAUCUUUGUGUUGACUAAACCUUCUUGCUCUCUAUUUAGUAUUGUACAACAGUGAAUGUUGCCAACCUCAACACUGUCAAGAACUCCAAAAUCCAAAUUUAACCUAAAUCUCCCUUUUAAUGUUGCAUUAAACACGACUUAAUUGUGCCUUGUGUAAUGCAAGACCCAACAUGAAUGGUGCCCCGUGUGAGGCAGUGAACUGUUGGCAACGAAUGACAACAGUUCACUGCCUCACACGGGGCAGCAUUAUGUGCAAACCUGCAAUAUUCAUUUCAGCAUAAUUUUGAAAGUGCUAAAAUUUGAGAUUUACAUCUUGAACCUUUUAGCUAAAAGUCUUUACACUUAACCCCACUAGUGUACUACAAGAGUAGAUGUUGAUUUGUACUUUGUACAAACAAUUGCAAUGUGAUGAGAAUUGAUUUAUCAAUCAAAUUUAUAGGUCAUUUGAUUAACCAAAAUCUUUUAGGUUAUUAACUGCCACUUUUAGCCAUUUGCUAUUUCCGCUAUUGAUUCAAGUUUAAAGUGCUCUGUAGAAAUUGUGAGAGUUUCAGUUCAGCAUUUGAACCUCGAGAGUGAAUGUUGCCGACCUCAACACUAUCAAGAACUCCAAAAUCCUUCAACCAUUACUGCUUUUAUGGUGACUUUGAUUGUAGUUAUUAAAUUAAUUAUUAAUCAGAGUUAUAAACAGUUUGGUACCUUUGUAUGAGACCGAUUUGUUAAAUUUGCCAUGUUUGCCCUUCUUCAGGUUUGGUGCUCCGAGGUGAUCUAAUGUAAAUUGGAUCAUAUUAUUUAUCAUAAUUAACUAUUAUCCCUAAUAAUCAUGAAUUAUUAUUGAUAGCCAAAUUUAACCUAAUUCUUCCUUUUAAAGUUGCAUGUAUGUCAUCCUGCAGUUCUUCAUUUUUCCUUUUCUUGUAGUAGCCUCAUGAAAUGAGAGUGACUGACAACCAGGAAUAUAAAGUCCAGAGUGUUCAGGGAGUGUUUAAGUCCUCCUGAAGCUGUGGAAUGUGACUCACCUGCUCAGUGAUAAUAAACUAGGUGGUUCACAGGAGCUCACAAUUCAUCACAGUCCACAAAGUCAAAAUACAUCAAAUCAGAUGAAUAUAGACAACAACUUCCACAAGAUAUUUCAGUUUAAUGACACAAAUCUUAAGGUUCAGUUUGUACCACAGUAAUUACUGAAUCCAUUAUUCUGUGUCACAUUUUUGUUUGUAAAACUGAUCCUGACUAACUGAGGCGUUUCCCUCAGUCACAGGAAACACACCACAGCUCGGUGGGCUGAGGGGUGAAGAUAAACAUACUUCCUUAUCUGUAGCUGCUGAAAUUCCAGCAAGACACAUAAUAAGAAGUCACAUAACACAAACUGAGCUGAGUUCACUUUCUUCUCAAACUUAACUGAACACGACUUUACUUCACCAGAACUUCCAGCAGCAGAAAAAGAAGAGGAGGAAGAAUCUAGAGGUAAACAGAUCAGGAGACAAAAUGGCCUUAAUGAAUUACUUUGCCGGGGUAAGUUGUAAGAGUUCCUGCAUGUCAGCGAGUCUCGGCCGUGUUGCAUGCUGUCCGGAGACGGCCAAGAAACGUAAUGGUUAUAAUGCAGAGAGGAAACAGCUGAUCAGUCAUUUGAGCUGAAUGUUUACUAUGUCAGAGUUUAUGACAUCAAAUCUGUUUCCAUCAAACAUUUUGCACAUUGACUCUGAUUCACAAAAGCCAAAACCACCUGAGGUGAACAUAGAAACUUUUGCCAUUUCCAUAAUAUUUCUAAGGUGAUGAUCUUCAAAAUGCUUCAUGGAAACACGACUAGUGUGACGUUAAUGACAAGUGUGUCUCUGUUAAGCUGUCAGUGUGAGCAGCAGAUAUUUGUGAACACACUGAUCCAACUAUUGAACCAGUAACUAUCACCAGACUCCCUUAAGAAAUCGUGCAAUUUUAGAAGUUAUUGAUUGAGGAAAAACAUAACAAACUUUGUUACAGCAAAAUCUAACUCAUUGUGUCCUUGUUGUAAAUUCAGCAUUAAAUGUUUCAGCUGAAGUUGUUUGUCUCCUUGUAGAAAGUGUCAGUUUGUGGCAGCAUGUCUGUACCAGCCUGUCUGCUUC